AUGUUCCCCAACCUGGAGGCGUAUUACACCAAGCAUAUGACCCACCUCCAACAAUUGAAGGCCUGUAUGGAGGAAUCAGGCGAUGUAAGCAACAUCAACUAUAUCUUCCAGUCUCGAAUCACAAACGUCGACACCCUUGAAAUCCUUUUCGAGGCAUUGCUGAAAUGGGCUGGUGGAGAAAUCACUAUAGGGAAAUGGGAACGCCGACUCACGCUUGAUGUAAGGAAGGAUGAAGACAAGGAAGCAUUCUAUGCGUUCUUGGGCAGUCCCCACGGGUCAAUGUCAUCAUAUCUUCUCUUGAAUCACAAGGAGAAUCUUGGUAUCAAGACAAUCAACAAGGUGGAUAUAUUCGUGCCUUCUGUCCCCUGGACGAUUCUUGCGGAAGGUGUAAGUGACCUUGCCCGAGCAGCAAAGGUUUCCUGCGUAUUUCAUGUCACGACUGUUUAG